GGAGGAAGAAGACUUGCCCGCUCCCCCCGCCCCCAGGUCAGAGUUGGGAGGGCGCCCAAGAUGGCCGCCUCCAUGGGUGACCUGUUCUGCUUUUGUGCGGAUCCCGCGGGCCCGGCCCGGGCCAGGGUGGAAGUGAGAUUCAUCAGCAGCCUCAAGGGAAAAGGCUUAUUUGCCACCAGGAAUAUCCAUAAAGGGGAAACGAUCUUCGUGGAGAAGCCUGUGGUGUCAUCCCAGUUCCUCUGGAACGCGCUGUACAGAUAUAAAGCCUGCGACCACUGCCUGCGGGCCUUGGAGACGGCAGAAGAGAACGCGCAGAGGCUUCUGGGGAAAAGCUGUCGGAUCCUGCCUCACCCAGAGCAGUGCAGCAUCCGGAAGGAUUUGCAUCAGCACUGCCCCCUUUGCCAGGUUGCGUAUUGCAGUGCUGAAUGCAGGCAAUCUGCCUUUGAACAAUACCACCAGGUGCUGUGCCUGGGCCCCUCCCGAGAGGACCCCAAACAUCCCCUCAACAAACUGCAGGACGCCUGGAGAAACAUCCAUUACCCACCGGAGACUUCCAGCAUCAUGCUGCUGGCGAGGAUGGUAGCCACCGUCAAACAGGCGAAGGACAAGGACUGGUGGAUAAAGCUUUUCUCUCAGUUCUGCAGCAAAACGGCCAACGAAGAAGAGGAGAUCGUCCACAAGCUGCUGGGGGACAAAUUUAAGGGCCAGCUAGAGCUCCUCCGGCGGCUCUUCACGGAAGCCCUUUACGAAGAACAUCUCAGCAGGUGGUUUACUCCAGAAGGGUUCCGAUCGCUGUUUGCCCUGGUUGGGACCAAUGGCCAAGGCAUAGGAACAAGUUCCCUGAGCCAGUGGGUCCAUGCCUGCGAUGCGUUAGAGCUUCCCCCGCACGAGCGAGAGCAGCUAGACGCCUUCAUAGACCAACUCUAUAAGGAUAUCGAGAAAGAGACCGGAGAGUUCUUGAACUGCGAGGGAUCUGGCCUGUACGUGCUCCAGAGCUGCUGUAACCACAGCUGCAUCCCCAACGCUGAGACAUCCUUCCCGGAUAACAACUUCCUCCUGCACCUCGUCGCCCUGGAGGAGAUCAAGCCAGGCGAGGAAAUCUGCAUUAGCUAUUUAGACUGCUGCCAGCGGGAGCGGAGCAGACACAGCCGCCACAAGAUACUCAGGGAACACUACCUGUUCACCUGCUCCUGCCCCAAGUGCCUGGCUCAAGCCGACGACGCCAACCUGACUUCGGAGGAGGAGGAGGAGCUGGAGGGCGAAGGAGAGACGGACGACGCGGAGCUGGAGGAUGAGAUGACGGACGUUUGAUCCUGGGCCUGGGGAUGGGGUUCGGCUUUGUACCGGAGACGGGACCGCGGGGAGGGACUGUGUCUGUGUCGGCCAGGGCUGGCGCGGCGGCAGGGAGAGAGCAUGUUAAGGUUUGGCUAGGUUGGGCAGUGGAGGAAGCGGGGAUCUUCCCUGCUCCUCACCAUCCUUCUGGGGGAGUGUGUCCGUGGUCCCGGGGUCCCCUCUCUCUAGGUAAUGGCUCCACUUGUCCCAACCACUCGGAUAUCCGCCCACACAGACAUCACCUUGGUCUUGUUUGUAUCUGAUCCUGCACACAGAGCAAUACGCCGGCGGGGAGGGGAGACGACGCAUGCAGGGAAAGUCCCCGGCUCGUCUGAGCACCGCGCACAAACCUUAACGCUACCCUUGUUCCUGACGCUGGGCGAACAACCAGCUACGUCGGGGCUUCCUCUGAUGUCAAUAUCUAAGUGAUCUGAGAACUUGGAGAGCGGAGACUGGGGGAUUUGGGCAUGUGACUUCCUUGGGGCUGUGGAGGGGGGAGAACAGAGGUUUUAACCUGGUGGAGACAGUGGCUCUGCAAAGAGGUUGUAGUCUCAUGGACUUGGCACGAGACUGGGAGCCAGGACUCCUGGGUUCUAGUCCCUGCUCUGUCGCUGACUUGUGGUGUGAGCAAGUCACUUACUCUGGGCUGCCUGGGGACCAAACAGAGGACGCUCGCCAUCCACAUCUGAUCUUCUCCCCAUGAGCAGUGAGGCUGGAGUGGGAGGAAGGUCACCCACCCGCUGUGUUGACCUGCUCUUUAGAGCCACCUUCCCCACCCCACUCUUAUCUCCUCACUCCAGUAAUGGGGCCAGGAGAGGGGGCACCCCACAUCCUGAUCUCCCACCCCACUCCCCCAUCAGUGAGAGGGUUGGGACAAACUCAGUGCCAAGCCAGAGUCUUUCCCCUGUCCAGAAGUGGGAUCCUAUUCCUGGCCUCGUUUCUUCCACCGCCUCCCCCAGUCCUCCUGCAGCUGGUGGGCCUUAGCCGUUCUGAUCAAGAUGCAGCAUGGCAUGCUGGGAGUGGUUGUCUCUUCAGUCCACCCCACCCAUUAAAGAGUAAGAGAGAUGCAGUCUUCUCCGUUGCCGAUGAGGCGUGAGCUGUGAGGCUCUGGUAUGUUGCCUAGCCCUGGGUGCUGCUAUGUCCCUCUACGAAGACUGAUUUUUCGCACUUUCCUUAGGACCUCUUGUGGAGCAGGGGGAGCCUGGGGUCUGUGACUGGAAAACAGUGGAGCACCUCGCUUCUUAAACCUGUCUGUGUCGACUGUCUUAGGGCCCACUUGACAUAAGCGGGGAGUCUUCCCGUUCCGAGUUUCACUGGGAAUUUGACAGGGUCGUUAGCUUUGAAAUAUGACUGUUGAACAUAUCUUAGCCUCGUGGCAGCACGUUUUGAGGGCUUUUAUAUUCUGUGCGCCUGGAGCUGGGAGACUGACCUAGAAACUUGGUGCCUGCAGAUCACAGGCCAAAUCCUACACUGGUGUAAAUCUGGAAUAGCUUCACUGUCUUCCUCCGAGUUACUCCAAGUUCACACUGGUGUCGCUGAGAUCAGCCCUUAAGCCCACACUGCACAAGCAGCUGUGCUUUGAUUUUUGGUCUUGCUUGAAACAAUACAGCAAUAGGUUUAUUUGACAAUGGUGCUAAUGCCUGCGGUGAUCGAAUUGCAGUGAAUUAAGGGAGUAGGCUGGUAUGGAGUAGACCGACUGUUAAACCGUGGCCUACAAGGGCUCCAGAACGUUGCUUGAGCAAAGCAGUCUUCCAAAAACCCAAAUGGUGCAAGGAUCUCGAACAAGAUCCUACCUCUGCAAGCAAAAUGUUACAUUUGAGAGCAAGGAAUUGUGGUUGAGCAAGGAAUUGUGGUUGAGCAAAGAACCGCUAAACAAAGUGAUCGGGCUAGAUGUGAAUUUAAGUGACAACAGUAUCAAGAUGAAAAUGAUUUGCAGAAAAGCCCUAUCUGUGUCUCAUGAGGUGUUUUUAAAAAAACAACCACCUAAAAAGGGAGAUUUAAAAA